AUGGCAAUGUGGUGGCUAGCAAUCCUCUCGCUCGUCGGGUUCUCCCUCGCAAUAUGGCCCCUGCCCGUCAACCAGAGCAUGGGCACCGACGUAGUGUGGAUUAAUAAAAACGUCAACAUCACCUACAGCGGCCCGCACGUCGUGGGUGGGCAAUACGCACGACAAAAGGCCCUCACCCACUUCACCCGCCAAAGCAACAAUGCCACGAAUAGCACCUCCGCCUGGACGAGCCGUAUCAUCAACACGGCCAUCAACAGCACCUACGCCACGCUGUUCGAGUACGGCAUCAGCGCGUGGAAAUUCAACCCGCGCAUGUCCGACUUCGAGCCGGCGCCCAACGCCUCAGGAAACGUGUACAUCACGUCCAUCCAGCUGCAGCAGAAUGCCUCCGAUCCCGCCGACAUCAUGAAGCCAGCGGUCGGCAGCGUCGAUGAAUCGUACACCCUCAGCGUCAGCAGUGCGGGCGAGGUGCUGAUUACGGGGGUGUCGUCUCUCGGCUUGGCUCACGGCCUCACCACUUUCACUCAACUUUUCUUCUCGCAUUCCGCUGGAUCGGUGUAUACGAAACUGGCGCCUGUGGAGAUUUCCGAUAAGCCGAUGUUCCCCUGGCGUGGUCUUAAUAUCGACUGUUCGCGGACCUUUAAGCCGGUGGCGGAUUUGAAGCUCAUGAUCGAUGCGCUUGCUUACAACAAGAUGCACAUCACCGACAGCCAAUCGUGGCCAUUGGUGAUCCCUUCAAUGCCCGACCUCGCAGACAAAGGCGCCUACGUGUCGUUCCAAAAGUAUAUCCCCUCAGACAUCUACGACUUGCAGGAAUACGGCGCUCUCCGCGGCGUGCAAGUGGUCCUCGAAAUCGACCAACCAGGCCACACCUCUUCCAUCUGGUUCUCAUAUCCAGAGCUGAUCUCUGCGUUCAACGUGCAGCCCGGCUGGACCACUUACUGCAACGAACCGCCUUGCGGCACCCUCAACUUGAACGAUACGAACGUCUCGGACUUCCUCGAGAAGCUCUUCGACGACCUGCUACCCAGACUCAAGCCUUUGACCAGCUAUUUCCACCUCGGCGGGGACGAGAUAGACGCCGCAGACUAUGAAUUAGAUCCCACCGUCCGAUCGAAUUCGACGUCUGUGGUGCAAGCACUACUCCAGAAAUUCCAGGACCGAAACCAGAAUCAACUGAAGCAAUACGGCUUCACAUCCCUUGUUUGGGAGGAACAGCUACUCGUUUGGAAUCUGACGCUUCCCAAAGACACUAUCGUCCAAACUUGGUUGAGCAGCCAAUCCGCCAAAGAAGUGGUGGCGAAAGGCUACCGGGCGCUCGUAGGCGCAUAUGAGCUUUGGUACCUUGACUGCGGACACGGAGCAGAUUCAGCGAAGUACUGGCCAUAUCUCGACUACUGCAACCCCCUCCACAACUGGAAGGAGAUGUACAGCCUGGACCCCAUCCAAGACAUCCCCGAGAAUCAGCAACACCUCAUCCUAGGAGGAGAAUGCAGCAUCUGGAGCGAACAGACCGACAGCGCAAACUUCUUUCAGAUGGUGUGGCCUCGGACGUGCGCCGCCGCGGAGGUUCUCUGGAGCGGCGCGAAGGAUGCGUCAGGGCAAAAUCGCUCGCAGAUCACGGCUAGUCCGCGGUUGGCGGACAUGAGAGAGCGACUGGUAGGCAUGGGAGUCUAUGGCGCGCCGAUCCAGAUGCCGUUCUGUACGCAGAAUGGGACGCAAUGCGUAUGGCCGCUGGGAGCUUGA